AAAAUUAUAGAGAAGUGGAAUACUUGCAGGUGAAGUGACAGCCAUGACUGUGUAGAGAGGAUAUAUAGAAAAUGGUUUCUCAUUAAAUGCAGUCAUGAAAAAUUUACGGUAUGGGGCAUUUCACUGUGUCUUCAUCUUUGGUCCUGGCACUAGACUUUACGUUACUGGCAAGCAUGUAAAAGAACCAAAAGUGACGGCCUAUCAAGCGCCCAAGAGCCAAACAAAUAAGAGGACCACCCUGCUGUGUCAGGCCAGUGACAUGUUCCCAGACUUGGUGAGGUUUUCAUGGAAGAUGGAGAGAGAAGACGGCCGGUUGGUGGAGGUGCCUGAAGCAGAGAGAGAAGAGCUGGAGCAGAGGGAGGACGGGAGAGUGACUAGUGUGAUCAUCAUCAAGAACCAAGAGGCUAAAACAAAAAAGUACAGCUGUACUGUAAAGCAUGAACUGGCUUUAUAUGAAGUUAAAGUUGACGACAUUCCAAAAAUACACAAACAAGAGGAAUCUUCUUUUACCACGGCUGCCUCUGCACCAACCUGUCCACCCCAGAAUCAUACACACGUCUCUCCUGCCGUCCUCGUCCUUGAUGAACUGUUGCAGUCCAUGUGCAGUGUGAACUUGGCCUCUCUGGUUUACACUGUGAUGAUAGUGAAGAGCUUGGUGUACUGCUGUGGGCUCUCCCUCCUGCUGCUCCUCAGGGACAACAAGGGAAGUCCACCCCACACCUGGAGAAAAGCUCAUUAAAACCUACAGGCACUGUUCAGUAAUAUUGCAUUACUAUUACUGCAGAUGUAUCCAUAUCUUGCCUGAUGUCGCAUAGCAUAGAGUGGCUGUGGGAUAUGAAGAAAUGGGUAGACAUGAAUAAUUGUGCACGUUGAGUAGCCUUCUGGCAUUAUUUUCUGUUGGACAAAAAUUAUGUCCACUCUGUCAAGUGGCAUCCAGUGGGGUCUGGACAAAAAUAUGUUGUGGGAACAAAGUGUUAGAGCCUGGAUAGAGGUAUUAG